AUGGCAGUACUUUUAAAAAAUUACAAACCUUUAUAUAAUAUUUUAAGGCGCGGUUAUUCAAAUGCCCCAAAUGCAAUACAAUCAGUUUUAUAUGUAUCACGUGAUAAGGCCACGGCAGUAAAUGCAUACGUUACACCUUGUGUAGAAUUUGAUUUUCAAAAAUUAUGUGAAAGUGUCAAUCUUCGUAAAUUAAAUAUAAAUAUGGCGGAAAUUGUGGCAUUAUGGAAUUAUUACAAGCAUUUGGAGAGUAAUAAAAAUCAAUUGGAGCAUAAAAAACAAUUUAUUGUGGAUAGUUUACGAAUGUUAUCAAAAGAACCGUUAACAGAUCAAAUCACUGAUAAAAUGAAUAAAUUAAAAACACAUGGGAAAUUUGUACGUGAAGAUUUAAAAGUAAUGAAAGAGAAAUUAAAUGUAUUAGAAAGCGAUGUUAUUUUACGAAUGUUAAAUUUACCAAAUGUUGUACAUCCAAAUACUCCAAAAGAAGAUAUCAUUGUCCAUGAAUUUGAGAGUAAACCAUCAACAGAAUUAUCACAUUUGAAUGUUGGAACGAAAUUAAAUUUAAUUGAAUACAAUAAUCCACAAUAUUAUUUCUUAAAAGGUGAUGCAGCUAUGCUAGAAUUACAUAUUAUGAAUUAUGGUUCUCAUAUAUUUUCAAAUGAAGAUUUUAUCCCUGUAUCGAAUCCAGAUUUUGUUCGAAGUAUUGUUGUUGAAGGAUGUGGGCGACCUCUAUAUGAUGAUAGUUCCACGUUUAUCCUUAAAAAUAAAGAUGAUAAUCCGUACGAUGAUUUACAUUUGGUGGGUGGAUCAUCCGUUUUAGAAUUCAUGGCUAUCCAUACGAAAAAUAUGGUUUAUUCAUCAAUACUUCCGUUAAAAUAUUUUAAUAUUGGAAGAAAAUAUACACCAACAGAUAAUAAUUGUGUAUCGUCGUCAGCAGGACUAUUCACUGCUAGUCAAAGUACAACUUUAGAGAUAUUCAUCGCUACUUUAGAUUCAGAUGACCAAUGUGGAAACGAAUUUAAAAACGUAUUAGAUUUAGUUACACAACUAUAUGAAAUGUUGGGUUAUCAUUUUAGAAUCGUUUAUAAAUGUCCGGAAAAUUUACAUAAAUGGGAAAGUUUUCGAGCUGAUAUUGAAAUGUUUUCAAGUUCAUUAAAUGAUUAUGUAGUUAUCGGUCAUAUCUCGAUAUCAGAUUCGUAUUAUAGUAAACGAUUAAUGUUCCAAUAUGUCGACAAUAAAGAAAAAUUUUAUCCUAAAGUUAUUUCGGGUUGUAUUAUCGACUAUCCGAAAUUGUUAGGAUGUAUAUUAGAACAAAAAUGUUUCGAAAAUAGUUCAGAAAUAAUACCUAGUCAUAUUAUGUCAUUUCAACUGUAAUAGGAUUCUAUUUUGCUAAUAAAGUAUUUUGAAG